CAUCUGUCAUGGCCGUCGACAGCUGUCGUCGCUUUAUAACCUGACAGAUCGAAAUUAUUAUUUUGUUAUAAAAAGUGGAUUUCUAAUAAUCGCAGUCCUUGUAUAUAAGAAAAAAAAUUGUGCAUGUUUUGCUGUGGGAUGGCUUGUGAGGCGUGUUCUGCGAAAUUUUCUCUAUUUAAGAGAAAAAAGCAAUGUAUGGACUGCCUCCGCUUCUUUUGCACAGAUUGUGUUAUCAGACGAGUCGACAGGGUCUUAUGUUGUGACAAUUGUAGUAUGCUCUCUCGCAGACCAUUAAUUCGUAGUCAAAUUCUACAAAUGCGAUCGCGAGAUUUACGACAGUAUCUCGUCGCGAAAAAGGUUUCUGUCCGAGGUUGUGUAGAAAAAGAAGACUUGGUAAACCUACUGAUAGUAUUUGCAAAUGGAAGCGAUUGUCUCAUAAAUGACAGAUUUGAAACUGGCACAGGAACAUUUGACAGAAGAACAUUUGCAGAAAGACCAAAUCCAGAUGAUUUAUCAACGAGGCGAUCAAGAAGUCCUCCAAGCAAUAUUGAGAGACCGAUUAUAACAGAAGAACCGAGGCCGGAGAGAAGAAUUCCAGAACCGGAAGUUGUGGAGGAACCCUUAAUAGUUGUAAAUGAGAAUGAAAAUGAAAAUGAACAUGAAAAUGAAGUAGAAAUCGAGGAAUUAUCAGGAAGCGACGAAGUCGUUAAUGGACCGGAACCUGUGAUAACUGAAAAUGAUGAAAUCUCGGAACCACCUGUUCUCGAAGGCACUGAAGUUUUCUCGGAAGCGCACUCGAGAUCCCGCAUCGUAAAGUUGUCGGAUAUUAAGGAAAUUUCGGAACUCGAGUACUUGACAGUGAAACAACUGAAAGAUUUGUUGAGUAUAAAUCGCGUGGAUUUUAAAGGCUGUGUCGAGAGAUGCGAACUGCUGGACAGGGCGUGCAGAUUAUGGGAUGAACAUCGAAAAUCGAGAGCAGCAAAUAUAGAUAAUCUGGAUGAUGAGACACUUUGUAAAGUGUGUUUAGACGCACCCAUUGAGUGUGUAAUUCUCGAAUGUGGCCACAUGGCCUGCUGUAUAAAUUGCGGUAAACAAAUGUCGGAAUGUCCAAUUUGCAGACAAUACGUGGUCCGAGUUGUGAGAUUUUUCAAAGCCUGAUUAAGAUAGUCUUUAAUUUACAAUUAAAAAUACAAUUUAGAUUGUAAUGAUUAAUUAUUCUUAUCAUGUAUCGCUGUAUAAAUAAGACAUCGGUGUAUAUAGACUCGAAGGAGGCGAGGGAAAAAUUCGAUCCACUUGAUUUUAUUCCUACUUUAAUGUUAUUAUUUCUCUAUCCAUUAUAAUUUCAAUUUGAAACAAAAAUGUGUACAUAAAUACUAGAGAUUUGUAUUUCUACUACUUUGUAAUUAAGUCAUAAUAUGAAAGGUACUCUAUUUUUUUUUGUUCAGCAAUUCAACCCUCUUUCCUUUUUUUUUAGAAAAAUGUCCAUCCUGCGAAGUUUAUUUUUAUAGUUCGUAUUUUUUUGCAAGCUGUCAGAUCAAAUUUGUUUUUAUAAAAAUUCUAUUUCUUGAUAAAAGAACAAGUUUUGUUUGUGUCAAAUUCUCUAGAAAAAAAGGAAGGAGGCUCAAAGUCGUAUUAUUUUCAGAAGAAAGUAUUUUUUCACUCUUUUCUUAGCGCGUGGAUUUUAUUGUGAGUGCGAAAUAAAUAUAAUAUAAUUUAGCACUUCGUUAAAAAAAAAAAGAAUAAGAAUAAAACAUUUUUUUCAAUAAUUUCAA